AUGUAUAUUUAUAGCUCUCAAAUAAAAAUGAAGAUAAUACCUAUUGUGCUUAUUAUAGUAGUAAGCUGACUUGUUUAUUUCGUAAUAAAUUGCUUACACUCAUUCUAAUUUUAAUUUUUAAAAUAUUAGUUAUAAUUUUUUUUCGAGAUUUAAAAAAUAAGAAUCUGUAAAAUACUUUCAAUUUAAUUUAUAAAAUUAAUUUAAAAUUUUAUAUGCUGGAGAUUUCAUUAUUAUGAUAAUUAAUUUUAUAUUAAUAUGUUAUACUUUGAGCAUCUAUAUUAAAAACAAAUUUUUGUUGAGGGGCUUUCCAAAAUAGGGAUUUUUCUAAUGGCUUUUAUUCACCAACCAAGGGAGUUAGAUUUAUUUGUCAAUGUAAAGCUCCAUCAUGAUGAAGAUUGCGAAAAAAUUAUGCUUCCUCUAGAAGCUGAAGAUUUAGCAUGAUAUGGAAAUGUUAUAAUUUCAGGGAUGAGCGACCUUAAAGCAAGCUUUUACAAGCAUUUAGCAGCAAAACAAAUCCAGAAAGGAUCUCUAAUCUAUAUCGACCCUAUUUCUAAAUCUUGGGGUUAUAUCUCUAUGAUAAAUUAUCCUGAAAAUUUGCCAUUUAAUCCAAUUGGAUUCGAUAUUUAUAACAACAAAACUCUUUAUGCAAUUAAUACAGCAUUUGGGGACUUUGGAGAAAGAAUUGAAGUCUUUUCUCUAUCUGACUCAAAAGAAGGAAUACAAGCCCACUACUUGAGAUCAAUAAUUUUUGGAAAUAAUUGGCUUGGCAAGCUAAAUGAUAUCGCUGUCCUUAAAGAAGGCCAUUUUUAUGUUUCAGAAGAAAUUUUUUACCCAGAUACGCCUGAAGGUAGAGAUCAUUCAUUUUGGCCUUCAAUAAAAAAUAUGAUAUGGAGUAUCAUAGGAAAUAUUCAAGUGUUAUGUAUUGCAAAGAAGCUACAGACAAAGCUCCUGAAUGCACUCGCCAAGAUUAUAGUUAUAUGGAGUUACUAUUUUAAAUAA